AUGUCCGGUGUUUGCGUGCUCGAGCGAGAGCAGCGUCCUGUCGCGAGCACGACAAAGAUUUUUUUCGAGGUGAACGCGCUUCAGCAUCGCGACGCGCCUCUGUGCGAGCUGACAGGGCGUCGAGCCAGCGUAGCACUGGCGGUGACCAACAACGCGGCCGAUGGCCGCCCGUUAACGCUCUACUUUGAGGACCAUGACACCGCGACCAACGCGUGGACCGGGAGCCUGUGCCGCUACGUGGACCAGCUCGCGUUCAUCAUGGUGCCUGCAAAGAGCGUGGGCUCCGCCGUCGAGCGCGAGGAGCGCACCCGUGCGGUCAGGGAGUGCAAGGCCUCGCUGUCCGCCCUCUGCGCUGACGAUGCAAUGCAGCACCUGGCAGAGGGGUCGCCUCUGCUUGCCGUGCCCGCAGCGCAGUUUGCGGUGAAGCUCGCCGACGCCAUCCACGGAGAGGGGUCUCUCGAGGCAGUCCCGGCACGGCUGUGCCUCUCUGAUGCGUAUGUCGCCGCAAAGUACCCCCAGCUGGCGGAGGACACCCUGACAGCAGCGAACUGGGCUCUCCUGGCCCGUGCUCGCGCCUCAAACGCGCUACGAUCGCGGCUUCGACGCUCGUUUGGCAAGCUCUACGCCUCACAAGGGAGGUACGACGAGGCUCUGCGCCAGCUUGCCGACGAUAUCUACCACUGCUCCCUCGAGGAGGGGCCGGAGCACCUCAGUGCGGUCGGUGGAUACUUUGAGCUCGCCAACGUCUUCUCGUUGCUCAAACGAGGCGACGCGGCGGGCGCGUUGGACGACAAAGUUGUAGACUGCUGGAACAAAUACCUGCUGCCAGGCAUGGGGCGCUCGGUCCCGGCGCUAUCUGCUUCGCAAGCUGCGCAGGGUGUCGAGAUGCUUCGAGCGGCGCUCAAGCGGCGCGAGGCGACUGGCGGCACGCAUGUCGGGGCGGGGGAGGCACACUACGUCCUCGCGCUCUUGCUCCAGCACUGCGGCGACCGCAAGCCUGCUAAAGGGCAUGUCCGCACCGCGUGCCAAAUCUACGAGAGCACGCUGGGCGCCAACCACCCGAGAACGGCCGAGGUGCAGGAGGCUCGCACGCGGAUCGAGGAGUCGUGCCAGGCAUGA